AUGUUGUCUGAACUGAGAAAGAAAAAAUUGGCUUGGAUCUUCAAGUCAUUCUACGAUGCUGACGAGAGUGGUUUCGUUGAGAAGAAGGACUUUGAGGAGGGCUUGAAUAGAUUAGCCAAGCAUCAAGGAUGGAAGGACACUGAUCCUAUUUACGCCAAGGUCAAGGAAGUGGCCGCUGAUAUCUGGGAAGGUUUAAGAAAGAUGUCCGACGUUGACAACGACGGUAAAGUGACUCUAGAAGAAUGGAUGACGAUGUGGGACUUCCAAGGCACAGAACUGCCCGAGUGGAACAAAUUAUACGCCAAAAUCAUCUUCCAAGUCCAAGAUGCUACCGGCGACGGUGUUAUAGAUCAAGAUGAAUACGUGCAGGUCCAUUCCGCAUUCGGAGUGCCGAAGGAUGUAGCCGCGGAGUCGUUCAAGAAGCUAUCGCAAGGCAAGUCGACUUUGAAUUUGCAAGAGUUCGAAAAGUUAUUCACUGAGUUCUUCUUGUCCGAUGAUCUCAACGCCCCCGGAAAUUAUAUUUUCGCUUCGACUAAAUUUGUUUAA